CUGGCGGGUGUGACGUCAGCAGCGGAAGCGGAUUGAGAGCCGAUGUUUGCGCCGCUGAUAAUAAACCCCUGAAACAGAUCCGACAACAGCUUGCAGAUGUCUGAGGACGUCUAUGAGAAGUUCCUGGCUCCAGAAGAGCCGUGUCCGCUGCUGUCUCGGAGAGGGAACCUCAGUGAAGAUGCUACGCUGGACGUCAGUGACUUCGGCUGUCAGCUGUCCUCGUGCCACCGCACAGACCCGCUCCACCACUUCCACAGCAGCAGGUGGCACCUGACCUCCUGCGGCACCAGCGUGGCCAGCUCAGACUGCAGCGAGGAGCUCUUCUCCUCCGUGUCUGUGUGUGAUCAGGACGACUGCUACUCGCUGCUGGACGAGCAGGAGCUGGCCUCCUUUGAGCUGUUCCCCGAGGGCAGCGUGUGCAGCGACGUGUCCUCCUCCAUCAGCACUUACUGGGACUGGUCCGACAGCGAGUUCGAGUGGCAGUUACCGGGCAGUGAUAUAGCCAGCGGCAGCGAUGUGCUCUCCGACAUCAUUCCCAGCGUGCCCAGCUCACCCUGCCUCGCGGCCAAACGGAAAAACAAACCGCACCGGAACCUGGACGAGCUGCCCUGGAGCGCCAUGACCAACGACGAGCAGGUGGAGUAUAUUGAGUAUUUGAGUCGAAAAGUGAGCACAGAGAUGGGACUUCGGGAGCAGCUGGACAUCAUAAAAAUAAUCGACCCGAGCGCACAGAUUCUGCCGACGGACAGCGAGUUCAUCAUCGAGCUGAACUGCCUCACCGAUGAAAAGCUCAAGCAGGUGCGGAGCUACAUCCGCGAGCACGGUCCGCGGCAGCAGCGCAGCGUGAAGAGGAGCCUGGCGAGCAGCGUGAGCGCUCACAGCAGCAGUGACGCCAGCAUCACCAGCAGCAGCAUCAGCAGCAGCAGCGCCUCCACCGCCUCCAGCAUCAGCCGCGCUCACAGCGACGGGAACCUGGCCUCCGCCGCAGAGAGGAUACGAGACUCCAAGAAGCGCUCCAAGCAGAGGAAGCUGCAGCAGAAGGCUUUACGCAAGCGUCAGCUGAAGGAGCAGAGACAGGCUCGUAAGGAGAGACUGAGCGGUCUGUUCCUGAACGAGGAGGUGCUGUCUCUCAGAGUCCCGGAGGAGGAGGACCACUGCGACGACCUGGACGUGCUGAUGUGACCCCAGUGACCCUUCAGUGUUCCUUCUACGCCUCCUCAUCAUCACACAC